AUGUCCCGAGGCAGCUUCGCCUUCAGCCCCACAGCCCUGCGCUCUCUGGCCGAGGAUGAGGAGAAGCUGGAGACGCAGCGGCGCAGCAGGCAGACGGAGUCAUACAGGCGCUACGUGCUGAAGAAGGAGGCGCGAGAGAGGGCAGCUCUGAGGACCAGGACCUCCUCUGCUGCAGUCCCACCGUCAGUGUGCCAAGACGCAGUGGUCAUACACGCCCUGUACACUGGGGACCUGGAGGCUCUGCAGCGCCUGUUCCCCAAAGGAGCCCGGGUACACAUGGUGAUCGAGCCCCAGGGAGGAGACAUGCGCUGGGUUCAAGAAGGAGACGGACUGUGGUCCCUGGCGUACGAGCAGGAGCUGACCACUCCUCUGCACAUCACUGCGUCGCGAGGCUUCUCCGAGUGCCUGCGCCUGCUGCUGCAGAGAGGGGCCGAGGUGGAGCUGGCCCCCGGGGGCAGCACGGCCCUGCAUGAGGCCUGUGAGGAGUGUCAGCCUGAGAGCACCAGGCUUCUGCUACUGCACGGGGCCAAUGCCAACGCUGUGUCGGAGGAGGGACUGAUGCCACUGCACUGCUGCACCCAGCCCGAGUCUCUGGGAUGCGCCAAGUACCUCCUCCAAUACGGUGCGGCAAUCAACGGGCGCGCGCUCGACGAGGACUGCACCCCUCUCCACACGGCAGCGAGGAACGGGCUCCCGGAGCACGUGGAUCUCUACCUGCGCUACGGGGCUCAAGUGGACCGACCCAACGACGAAGGCCUCACAGCCCUCAACGCGGCCUGCGCCCAGCCUCAGGAACCCUCGAAUCUGCACCGCUACUUCCGUGUGUGUCAGACUUUGUUGGCAGCGGGGGCCAGCGUGCACACCAUGGACCAGGACAAGCGCACGCCCCUGCAUCUGGCCUGUAAGAACGCCAAUCCCGACGUGGUGGAGCUGCUGCUGGCUAAAGGCGCCUGCGUGAACGACAUGGACUACGGCGGCGAGGCUCCUCUGCACAACAUCCUCAAAGCCGUGUGCUACAAGACGUCCCAUGAGCCCGAGAGGGUGGUGCGGGCGCUGCUCAACCACGGCUCCAUCCGGGUCUGGCCUGGAGCACUGCCAAUUGUUAUGAAACAUUGCUCUGAGUCUCCGCACACCAUCGAGGUCCUUCUGAACGCAUACAGCCGCCUCAAAGUCAACGACAAGUGGGUGGAAGCAGUGCCCCCCGACAGCUAUCAGACACACAAACAUUUCUACGACUCUGUUUUCGCCCUGGAGCAUACGCCCAGAGCUCUGCAGCACUUGUGUCGGUGUAAAAUCCGAAUAUUUCUGGACGGUCGUGUGCACAAAGUUGUCCCAAACCUCACAUUGCCCACUGUCCUCAAGAACUACCUACUGCUGGACUACAGAGGCUACGUCCACUGA